AUCCACAUGGACUUGUGCUGGAAGUGACAAAUUUUCACCGAAAUAGUGCAAAUUUGGGAUUUAGUUAAUUUUUUUUAACUAACUUACUUUUUCUAUUUGGUUUCACAUUUCGACCAUCUGCAAUGAAGCUAAAUACGGCGAAAGAUUCGCCUAAAGACGUCGAAAUGAAGGAUGCCGACACGACGGUUGUUACCAACGGCGAACAAGGAAAGAAAGAAACGGAUUUGAUCACAUUGGAAGAUAUCCGGGAUCAAGUGAAGCACAUAGAAAAAGCAGUAAAUACUAAGGAACCUAGGUUUAUGUUAAGAGCAUUGAGAGUAUUGUUACCAAUAAGACGCCGGAUUAAUCCUACAAUUGUCAGAAAAGUUAUCAGUGGUUAUUUUCCAUCAGUUAACCCAUCAAAGGAGAUGCUUCUAUUGUACAUAGAAGAGCCAAUGGAAACAGAUGGACCUGGUACACCAUUUCGUCCUCGUAGUGGUAAAGCCUUAAGUCAACCAAUUCUACCUGAAUUAGACGUCUAUAUACAUCUCUUAGUUGUUUUGUAUCUCAUUGACAAUAAACGAUAUGAUGAGGCAGUGAAAUGUUCAGAUCUGUUAAUGGAGAAGCUGACUACAUAUAACAGACGGUCAUUGGAUCAGCUUUCUGCUAGGGCAUACUACUACCACUCUAGAGUUUAUGAAUUAGUUGGUAAAUUAGACAAAAUUAGGAGUUUUCUACAUGCCAGACUUCGAACUGCAACACUUCGACACAACGAUGAAGGCACAGCCACCCUUCUGAAUCUUUUACUACGUAACUACCUGCAUUAUAAUCUGUAUGAUCAAGCUGAUAAGUUGGUUGCGAAAUCUACAUAUCCAGAGUCUGCAUCCAACAAUGAAUGGGCUAGAUUUCUCUACUACAUGGGUCGUAUUAAAGCCAUACAGUUAGAAUACUCAGAAGCCCAUAAACAUCUUUUACAAGCACUUCGUAAAGCACCUCAACACACAGCAGUAGGAUUCAAGCAAACAGUCAACAAAUUGGCAAUUACAGUAGAGUUAUUGUUAGGUGACAUACCAGAUAGGUCAUUAUUUAGACAACCUACCAUGAGGAAAACACUGGUUCCAUACUUUCAAUUGACACAAGCUGUUAGAACUGGUAAUUUAGCUCGAUUCAAUGAAGUACUUGAGAAUUUUGGACCCAAGUUCCAAGCUGAGGAUACCUACACACUGAUUAUCCGUCUACGACAUAACGUAAUCAAGACUGGUGUUAGGAUGAUUAAUUUAUCUUACUCUAGAAUAUCAUUAGCUGACAUUGCACAGAAAUUACAGUUAGACAGCCCUGAAGAUGCAGAAUUUAUUGUGGCUAAGGCAAUUCGUGAUGGUGUCAUAGAAGCAAUAAUAGACCAUGAAAAAGGUUAUGUACAGUCUAAAGAAAAUAUUGAUAUCUAUUCAACACGUGAACCUAUGGGUGCCUUUCAUCAAAGGAUAACUUUCUGUUUGGAUAUACACAAUAAUUCAAUUAAGGCAAUGAGAUUUCCUCCCAAGUCGUAUAGCAAAGAUUUAGAAUCUGCUGAGGAGCGACGAGAAAGAGAACAACAGGAUCUAGAAUUAGCAAAAGAGAUGGCAGAAGAUGACGAUGAAUUUCCUUGAAUUUCUGUAUAGCAAUGUUGUAUCUUGUGAUUCAACCCAGCCACCUAGCUUCCCUUGGCAAUCCAUGGUUUUUUGGUAACCUAUCCCUAAGGAAGAAAAUCAAUACAGUUUCAAGAAAAUAUAUCGGUGCCAAAGAUUGCCCCUAAUUGUUUGCAAAGUAUGCACUGAAAUCCACCCCUCACCUAUCUACCGCCUCAUCCUCAUCCACCCACCCUCCAGUUUCUCACAUACGGGACAAUGAUGAUGACAGACAAGUAUUUCACAUGUAUGUCAUAAAGACUGCUUUAGUUGCAACCAUCGCUCUACACCUCUCUUGUACACAACACCUAAUUUUGAUUUGUAAAACAUUGCUUCUGGUGUUAAGUUUGGAAAAACACAGUAUCUGUAAAUAUGCUGGGCAAGAAUAGGUUUUCUCUUUCUAGUGUAAAAAAUGAGAAGAGCAAUGUAUGUUGCUUUGUUUGUUUAUAUUUUACUCUUUCAUACACAAUAUAUAGUAUUCAUGUGUGUGGGCAUACUUUAUUUUAAUGGUUGCCAUAUUUGGUCAAGGGUAGACGUAAAAUCACUGGUGGACUUAGCCAGCCAUGCGAUCAGAUAUCUUAAUUUAUACAGCUGACAUACUGAUUGAUUACCCAUGUUAUGAGAGGAAAAUGUUCUUGUGUAGAAAUAUAAAAAUAUUACAGCCCAUUUAUGUCAUUUUUGGGCUGUGAUAUUUCUAUUUAAAUUAAUUUCUGAAACUUUGUCACAUACAUCACAGGCUAACAAAGUCCAACCGAAAUUGAAUGAUUGCUGUCAUCUUGAAAAAAAGUGUUUGUGACAUAGCAACAACUUCUACAAAUGGCAUUUGUCUGUACAAGUUCAUCCUAUGGAAAAGUACUAAUUAGCUACAUGUUCCAAUUACACCAUGCAUUAGAUUCGUGCUACAAAAAUGGCUGAUGCUCUUCACUCUCUUUCACCGAUCUCACCAUAUGUUUUCCCACAAUAAGACAACUCUAUUAAACCUAACCUGGGUUUGUAAUAUUAUUAUGGGCUAUUCAUCCUCAUCAAUUCCUGAGGGUAAAAUAAGAUUUAGUUUGUUUUAUUUCAGUAUUGGUAUUCAUAUUCACUACACCUUUGAAUUUAGUGGUUGCGCAAAUGAGUGCAGAGAAUUUAUUAUUUUGUAUAUCACUUUUAAUUUUUGAAAAAUAACUAAAAAGAAAAGUUUUGAAAAUCUAUAGUCUAAUGUUAACAAAUGAAAAUUGUAAUGCCGAAUUUUGAAUGAUUUUGUAAAAACUAGUUUGUAGGGUUGUUUUUCUCUACAGUCAAAUGUUUGAAGUCCAGUUAUUUGGGCUUAUAUAGAAUUUCCAACCUGUACUUCAUGUCUAUUAAAAUGUACAUGUAAUCAAUUACUGUUUACUCAUUUGGUGUGUAUUCUCUGUACCUUGACUAAUAACAUUUAAAUUCAUAUGCGGUUUGCAUAUAAUGUUGUUAUGGUCUAAACUGUUACAGCGAGUCUGUGAUGCAAUGGGGCACGUUGGCAUAAACUUACCGGUAAGGUUACACAAAGUAAUCAAUUAUAAGAUUAUACACCUCACUUUUAUGACUGUACAAUUCUUCUGUAUACAAGUUCACUUCAUAUGUUCGUAUAUUAUUUACAUGUCAUUCAAAACAAGUGGUGUGUUUUGGCUUCUCUUCCAAGGGAAAAUUAAAACAUGAUGCCGUGACAAGGUUUUAUUACUUUUGUUUUUGUAUUAAGAUUAUUUAAUACCACAAUACAAAGUCAUUGUUUAACAUUCAUUAAAUAACACUUUUGAUUACAAGCAUUAAAGGUUAUUGAAAGCAUCAGAACAUUUUCUGGAACAAAAAACAAAACACUCUACAACAUUGUACAAGUUACCAGUAGGUAAAUUUGCAAAAAAUAGGUGCCGAUUUCAAACAUGCACAGUGACAAGAAUAAAAACCUAUUUUUGGCCUUAGUAGUAUACU